AACGCACGCCGUCUCCUCUCCUGUAAUAGUGGCCGGCCAAAUUUCCGGGGGAACGAAACGUCGUGCCGCUGCCUAUAAAAGUCGCCCCGCCUCCUCCCUUCCUUCCAUUCUGCCCCGUCGUCGCUCCCCGCUCCCCUCUGCCCUAGCAGGAAUCGAGUUUCUCAUCAGGAGCAUGGCAUCAUCGCCGUCGUCCAUGGCUUCUCCCCGCGCUUUCCUCGCAGUGGCGCUCAUGGCGGUGCUUCUCGCCGUCUCCACCGCUUCGGCGGCAGGCGCACAGCCACCAACGGCUACGAUGAUGAUGGCGGCGGCGGCGGCGGCGGAGGGACCGGGCCUGGCGGAGCGGCUGAUCGGCGAGGGGCCGCAGCAGUGCUGGGAGUCGCUGAUGGAGAUCAAGUCGUGCACGGGGGAGAUCAUCCUCUUCUUCCUCAACGGCGAGGCGUACCUGGGGCCGGGAUGCUGCCGCGCCAUCCGCGUCAUCGAGCAGCUUUGCUGGGCCGCCGACGCCAUGCUGUCCGUCAUCGGCUUCACCCCGGAGGAAGGGGACAUGCUCAAGGGCUACUGCGACGACGGCGAGGCGCACCGCCAGCACCCGGCGCCGCCGCCUCACCCUGCUCUUGACGGCGUCCUCCCCACUGGCGCCGUGGCUGCUUCCGUGGCGGGAAGGAAGGGGCUCGGUGCGCCAUUAGAUGGUUAGACUUUACGUACGUUGUUGCAGUGUUUGUCGGCGUCUGUUCUGUGUCCACGUCCAGCUGAGGUGCUUAACUAGUGAUUCCUGGUGUGGUUCUUAUAUGAGCCGCCGGGUUAGCAAAUGGUCUUUUCUCGGUUUCGUGUAAUCCGAGGUCCUAGAAAUAAAAUAAAAGGCAUACUCUUA